GAAGAAUUUCCCAGGCAGUCCUGAAGAAGGGUCACUGCAAUCGAAACGUUAAGGCUGUUUUCUCUUCCCCGACGCUGAAUUUCUCCAGCAAUUUAUGUCCGCCACUGUUCCAGAUCUCCAGUAUCCGAAUUUCUUUGUUUUAUUCUGCCAGGCAGCGGGGACAGGGGGAUUGGAACCCAUCCUAGGGCAGCGACUGAAGGACAGUUCUCAUCUGAGGGAGAGGGAUAUUGGGAAGGAUUCACAGAUGAGAAACCCAAACUUUGUGUUAAAUUUUAACAGAGACAUUUGAUUCAUCUGGACUGAACCAUCAUCGAUCUUUGAAUGGGGAAUGAACAUAGAACAUAGAACAUUGAACAUUACAGCACAGUACAGGCCCUUUGGCCCUCGAUGUUGGGAAUGAGAAAUGUUUGAUCUGUCUGCAGGAGAAUGAUUCAAGUGUCAGUAUGACUGGGAAGAUGUCAAGAUGCAUACAACUAGAGAGUGUUCCACUGUUAGCACUAAUUGUGGAUACAGCUUGAACCACUUACACAGCUUGAAAUAAAUACCUCAGCAUUCACAGGAGGGAGAGACAUUCCACGAGUUGUGUGCACGGUUAGGUCUUCUUCCAAGCAGAAGAAACACCUAAACACUGGCACCAUGGAGAAACCAUGGAAAUGUGAGGACUGUGGGAAAGGAUUUACUUAUUCCUGCCGGCUGGAAAGCCAUCGACGCAGUCACACUGGGGAGAAGCCAUUUGUUUGUUCUGUAUGUGGGAAGGGAUUCACUCAGACAACUUCUCUGAUGUCACACCAGAGGGUUCACACUGAAGAGAGGCCUUUCAACUGCAUUUACUGUGGAAAGAAAUUCAACAACUCAUCCACCCUCACCGCACACCAGCGAAUUCACACUGGUGAGAGGCCAUUCACCUGCCCCGUGUGCAGGAAAGGAUUCACUCAAUCAUUCGAUCUGGUCAGGCACCAGCGGGUUCACACAGGGGAGAAGCCAUUCACCUGCCCCGUGUGUGGGAAGGGAUUUGCUCGGUUAUUCGGCCUGCAGUCACACCACCGAGUUCACACUGAGGAGAAUCCAUUCAGUUGCACUUACUGUGGAAAAAGUUUCAGACAUUCUUCUACCCUUGCCGCACAUCAACGCACUCACACUGGGGAAAGGCCAUUCACCUGCCCCACUUGUGGAAAGAAAUUUGCUCAGUCAUUCGAUCUGGUGAGGCACCAGCAAAUUCACACAGGGGAGAGACCGUUCACCUGCCCUAUGUGUGGAAGGGGAUUCACUCGCUUAUUCAGCCUCCAGUCACACCAGCGAAUACACACCGAGGAGAAUCCAUUCAGCUGCAACUCCUGUGGAAAGAGAUUUAAGCAUUCAUCCAGCCUCACUGCACACCAGAGAAUUCACACCGGGGAGAGGCCGUUCAGCUGCGCUGAGUGUCGGAAAAGCUUCAGCAGUUCAUCCAAGCUCACUAUACACCAGAGGAUUCACACCGGGGAGAGGCCGUUCACCUGCACCACGUGUGCAAAGAAAUUUGCUCAGUCAUUUGACCUGGUCAGGCACCAGCGGGUUCACACUGGAGAGAAGCCAUUCACCUGCCCCGUGUGUGGAAAGGGAUUUGCUCGGUUAUUUGGCCUCCAAUCACACCACCGAGUUCAUACCAAGGAGAAACCGUUUAGCUGCACUUCGUCCCCAUUUUUCCACUAUUUUGCAUUCUCUGCUCUCUUGGUAACUGCUUGCCGCAAUGAAGCUCAGAAUAGAGAACUUAUUUUGGAAGUCUUCUGUCAGAUGGACCUCAUCUGUCUUUGGAGGCAGUGUUUUGAUAUAGCAGAUCCAGGGGUUCUGCACCAUGCAGCAAGAUGGUCUGCCAUCUUUGUUGGGGGCAGUAUGGCGAUGCGCAUGCGCGUUUUUCGGGCCGGCAAGCGAAUGAAAGCUUGGAUUGUGAACAUGGAAGGUAAAAGCACUGUUCACAGUGGAGAGAAGCUAUACAAAUGUUCUGUGUGUGGACGAGACUUCAGUCAAUUAUCUGGCCUGUCGAGACACAAGUGCAGUCACAUUGGGGAGAAGCCAUGGAAAUGCAAAGACUGUGGGAAGGGGUACAGAUCCCCAUCUCAGUUGGAAACUCAUCGACGCAGUCACACUGGAGAGAGGCCAUUUACCUGCCCAGAGUGUGGGAAGGGAUUCACUCUGUCAUCCAACUUAUUGACACAUCAGCGAGUUCACACUGAUGAGAGACCUUUCAAGUGUCCAGACUGUGGGAAAUGCUAUAAAAGUUCUGGGGAACUGAUUCGCCAUCAAGGUGUUCACAUUGAUGACAGACCAUUCAGGUGCUCUCAGUGCGGGUCUGGGUUCAGACGAUCAUCUCACCUCACAGUACACCAGCGAGUUCACACUGGGGAGAGACCAUUCAUCUGCUCCGAGUGUGGGAAGGGAUUUGCUCAGUUCCCCAACCUGCAGAAACACCAGCAGGUUCACAGCAAUGAGAGGCCAUUUACCUGCCCCAAUUGUGGGAAGGGGUUCACUCAAUCAUUCAGCUUGCUGAGACACCAGCGAGUUCACACUGGGGAGAGACCAUUCACCUGCUCACAGUGUGGAAACACAUUUACUCAGUCUUCCAGCCUGCUGAGACACCAACGAGUUCACACUCAAGAGAGGCCAUUCUCCUGCUCCUUGUGUGGAAAGGGAUUCACAACUUCAUCCAGUCUGCUAGAGCAUAAGCGAGUUCACACCGGAGAGAGGCCAUUCAACUGUUCCAAGUGUGGAAUGGGAUUUACUAAGUCAUCCACCUUGGUGAGACACCAGCGAGUUCAUAAAUAACUGCAAUGAUGAGAUUCUGCUGUUAAUCAGAUCAAAGACUGCACCAAAUUCAUUGGGUUCCUGCUAAUACUAAUAAACUUCUGUCCAGUCAUAGGCAUUAAUAUUCUGGAUAAAAGUCAAA